UUUACGACACCCCUGUCUGCUUGUUGUGGACACAUUCCUCGCCGUAAUGUCUUUAUUUGUUAUAGCAUGAAGGAAGUCGCUUUUUGUGUUUCUCCGAUGCAGCAUUUCUCAGAAGACGUUGAGCUUUCCAACAGGCUGAAAAUCCCAAUCCUAGGGUUAGGAACGUCGCACCACGGUGGCUACUCACACGAUGCGGUCGUUUACGCCCUGCGGGAGUGCGGCGUCAGGCACAUAGACACGGCUAAAAGAUACGGCUGUGAAGAAGCCUUGUCCAAGUCGAUCACUGAGAGUCGAGUCCCACGUGACGAGCUGUGGAUCACCACCAAGCUGUGGCCACAGGAUUAUGGCUAUCAGAGCGCCAAGGAGGCCUGUCGGGCCUCGUGUGCCAGACUCGGGGUUGAGUAUUUAGAUCUGUAUCUGAUGCACUGGCCUGACUGUGGCGUCCCGGCCCGCUCCAACAGGGACGUCCGAGCCGAGACGUGGAGAGCGCUGGAGGAGAUGUGCGACGAAGGAUUGUGUCGUUCCAUCGGCGUGAGCAACUUCUUGAUCAGACAUCUGGAGGAGAUGAAAGAAGACGCCGGUGUGAUGCCUCAUGUCAACCAGGUGGAGUUUCAUCCGUUUCAGCAGCCGUGGCGGCUGGUGGAGUUUUGCCGCAGUGAAGGCGUAGCGUUCGGCGGUUACUGUCCUCUAGCUAAGGGCCAAGCGCUCAACCAUCCAGUCAUCGUGGAGCUGGCGCAGAAGUACGGACGAAACGCUUCACAGGUCUGCAUCCGCUGGAGCAUUCAGAAUGGGAUCAUCACCAUCCCGAAGUCUACCAAACCAGAUCGGAUUCUGGAAAACUGCCAGGUGUUUGGGUUCCAGCUGGAAGACACUGACAUGGCUGCCAUGCACGCAUUGCAUGAUGGGAGGCACGUGAGCUGGGACCCAACCCUCGUGGACUGAGCGCACACUGGUCUUUGGGUUCACGCUUUCCGAAGAGGACAUGCAGAGCAUCGGGCGAUUACACGCUGACAAAAAGCUCAUUCAUCUCAGCUACCCGCUCUGGAACGGAUAACGAUGACGACUCGGGUUCUGUGAUUUUGUGAAUUGUUGGGUCUACGUUAAAGUAAAAUAAAUAAAUCUGAACAUAGAGUUAGAUUUAGAACAUCUCUGGUUUGGGGAAACUACUACGGAGGAACUUUCUAGCAUCCAGAAGAUUUCUCACCAAGGAACUGUUGAGGAACCUCGACUGUGUUGGGUUUGUUGGAUCUUCUCUGUCGGCCUCCAGACAGCGAGUGUUUGUUCCUUAUGGACGAGAGUCCUGAGCAACAGUUGCUACACAAACAGAAGUACACUAUGUUGUUAAAAGUUUUUUCCAGGGGUUGGACUCGACCACUUGGUUCCAGUGAAAGGAACUCUUAAGGACAAUUUCCUGCUCACAAAUUGGUGGGAACAGUUUGGGGGUGACCCCUUCCUGUUCCAACAUGACUGUACACCAGGGCACAAAGCAAGGUCCAUAAAGACGUGGAUGAGUGAGUUUGGUGUGGAGGAACUUGACUGACCUGCACAGAGUCCUGACCUCAACCCCAUAGAACACCUUUGGGAUGAAUUAGAGCGGACACUGCGAGACAGGACAAAACUGGGACGUCUGCCUUUACAUGCACAUGAAUGUAAUAUGGAGUUGUCUCCCGCCCUUUGCAGCUAUAACAGCUUCAACUCUUCUGGGAAGGCUUUCCACAAGGUGUAGGAGUGUGUUUAUGGGAAUUUUUGACCUUUCCACUAGAAGCACAUUUGUGAGGUCAGGCACUGAUGUUGGACGAGAAGGUCUGGCUCACAGUCUCCGCUCUAAUUCAUCCCAAAGGUGUUCUAUGGGGUUGAGGUCAGGACUCUGUGCAGUUCCUCCACACCAAACUCGCUCAUCCAUGUCUUUAUGGACCUUGCGUUGGUCACUGGUCAUGUUGGAACAGGAAGGGGUCAUCCCCAAACUGUUCCCACAAAGUUGGGAGCAUGAAAUUGUCCAACAUGUCUUGGUAUGAAGCUGAAGCAUUAAGAGUUCCUUUCACUGGAACUAAGGGGCCGAGCCCAACCCCUGAAAAACAACACCUGAACUCAAAGAUUUGGAGGGGUGUCCCAAAACUUUUGGCAGUAUAGCGCAUCAUAUUCAUCAACAUAUUUAAUAAUGGAUUUUGAACAAAAAUGAUAAAAUAAAUAAAUAAAUCCGCACCGACUUGAGUGUCAA